AUGGUAAGUUUUACGCCGCGGUUUAUGCUAAUUUUUGGCACUGGCUGAUGUUGCAAUUGAUUCUACGUCUACUUGUUUCCAUUUUGGGAGUUUUGUGAGAUUUUUGCUGGUUAAAACCAAGUAGAUAUUUCGAUUUUUUUGAGUAUGGGGGUGGUGAUGCCUAUGUUAAUGUAGCUUUGUCAUAACUUUUUAAAGUAAUGACGUUUUGAGUUGAUUUUUGGCAUAGUAAUGCACUAUGUCCUUGAGAGUAUGACAUAUAAAAAUGUCACUUUUUAACGUAAGUGUCAAUAAGUUAUGGCAUUUUUAUACAAAGACAUGAAGCCAAAAACCUAAGAAUACUGUCUUUUACAUUUGGCUAGCUGUAAAAACGGUUUACCUUAUCAAAACACCUCAAAAUUACACUAUCAGCUAGCUAAGUAUCUUCUCCCCUUUCCUUCUCAAUUUCACAGUCUAUCCAUCCCUCCAACCUUAAAUAUACCUAUAUUACCAUACCCUAUUCUAGUCGGAUCGCAAAACCAAAAAGAAGUCAAAGAAGUCCAGAACCGGAUCCGAGGCGGCCCAGUUCGACCAGAAGACCAUCCAGGAGUUCAAAGAGGCCUUCGGCAUCAUGGACCAGAACAAGGACGGUGUCAUCGACAAGUCCGACCUGAAAGACUUGUACGCUCAGAUGGGCUCGGUCGCCAGCGACUCCCAAAUCGACGCCAUGUUGAAGGAAGCCCCCGGACCAAUCAACUUCACCGUCUUCUUGACCUUGUUCGGUGAACGUUUGACCGGUAAGUUGAUGAGUUUUGGGAGGGAUAGAGGGUAGUUUGUGGCAGGGGUAAAUGGUAAAGAUAUUAGUGGUUGUUCUAGUACAGUUUUGGUAGUAAAAAUGGCUUGAAAAUGCCAAUUUUUGAGAAAAAAGGCAACUUUUUUGAAAGUUUUUUUCAUUUUUUUUUAAUUUCCAAAACGAAAAUUCAAUAACUAAGUUAAGCCUAAAGUACUUUAAAUACCUUCUUUCAUAAUAUCAACAAAAACACACCACUUCCCUAAACCAUUUUGCCAUAUUUUUAAUUUUAUCUCACCCACCCCCUCUUGCAGGUACCGACCCAGAAGCCACCAUCAUCGGCGCCUUCCAGAUGUUCGACAAAACCGACUCCGGCUUCAUUUCGGAAGAACAGUUGAUGAAGAUCUUGACGAACAAACGCGGUGAACCAUUCAGUCAGGACGAGAUUGACGCCAUGCAAAAGGGCAAGCCCCCAAUAUCCGGCGGCAAAGUCGACUACAAAGCCUUCGCUCACUUGAUCACCACCGGAGCUCAAGAAGAGUUGGCCCAAGCCAACGCUUAA